AUGUCCGAAGUAGAGAAACAAGAGUUAGAGGCGGUUGAGCUUGGAGAGCAGGCUACAGAGCAGGUUUCAGAGCCUGCUAACCCAGCUCCAGAUACUACUCCACAGACAUCUUUUGUAAGACAGUCAGAGCCCGGCACACAAGCUCCAGAAUCAGAGGAGAAGACAUCAGAGCCUCCUCAGGCUGCCACGGCCAAAGGUGGGAGAUGGACCCAGACUGUCGAACAGUUCAAGCUAAGGAAGUUCUUUGUCCUUCGGCCUGGUACUCUGGAUCAAGCCAUUGAGGACAUCAAAGCCCUGGUCAAUAAGGAGGAAGAUGGUGCUGUCCUAAGCGUUUGGCUGCUGGCAGAGGUAGACCACUGGAAUAAUGAAAAAGAAAGGUUGGUGUUCAUCACAGAGAACUACCUUUUCAUCUGCAAGUAUGACUUUGUCAUGCUCAACUGCGAGCAGAUCCAGAAGGUUCCACUCAACAUCGUGGACCGGGUUUCCCACGGUGCCUUCAGCUUCCCGCCUCGUUCUCUCCUCAAGAGAGAAGGUGAUGGCGUGCGUGUGUUUUGGGAUAGGCUCCGAGAGCCCUCCUUUACUUCAAAAUGGAAUCCUUUUGCCGUCGACUACCCCUUUGCCACAUUCACCUACCACCCUGUGUGCAACGCCAAUGACAGUCUGAGAAAAAUGUGUGAUAUCAACGGUUUCAGGGAGCAGCUGACGGAAGCGGCGACCAAGGCCCAUCUCAGGAAACCCAUCCCGGGAAAAGCCAACGGGGUCCUGGUUCUGAACCAGCCCCUUCUCAUUGAGGCCUACGUCGGUCUAAUGUCCCUCCUCGGGAAUCAGAACAAAUUGGGUUACUGCAUGGCCCGCGGCAGUGUUGGCUUCUGA